CAAUAUUGACCAAGUACACUUCAAAACUCACUAAUCUCUCACAUAUCCUCUGAUUCUCAUUCCCGGAAUAAACCAUAAGAACAAGCCUUCAUUCAUUGGGCACCCAUUUUGACUUCCCACCCAAAUUCUUCUCCUCCUCCUAUAUAUACCCUCUCCCACUUCUUCUCUUCACACACUUCUCUCAAUCAAAACUCAAAAAACACAGAACUAGUAUAAAUCAAUCGAAAAUGGAGAUUUUUCCGACUACGCACUACGACAACUUGAAGAGGUAUUGGAGGAGGAGAAGGUACCAAAGGCUGAAUGGUGACACCAAGAAGAAGAUGAGAGUCACAAGGCUUGGCGGAGCCAAUGGCACCAAAACUACCAGACGGGUUUGGAAGCUCAGAAGCGCCAUCCCAAAGCUCAGACUGAUGAAGUUUCUCUCCCCAGUUAAGCUCUUGGCAAAGUUCCACGAUGCUUACGUUGACAUGAUGUAUCGGAUUGCCGGCAACGCUGCGAGUGUCGGAAGGGUUUCGGGGAAGAAGGUUGCGAAAGCUCAAGACCAGAUUUCAAUGGCUUCUUGUGGGGAGGAAGUUGAUGGUAGAUUGGUUUUGGAGAUUUACAAGAGAUUGGCUGCUUCUCGCCAAUUAUUAAUUGAGAACUGAAGCACAAGCAACUUCAAAUAAUUGUGUGACAAUAUAUAUGCAGUUUCAAUUUCAGUGUUAGCUACAAAGUUUGGAAUUGUAAAAAUUUUGUACUCAUGUGAUAUAUAUUUUCAAGUACUUUAAGUGAUUGAAAUUUUUGGUA